UUUCCUGGCCUCUUUGCCAGCACCCCUUUUUCCUUUUCGGCGGCCCGCUGGCAUUCCAGGGCGCUGCUGUUGCCAUGGCGACAAUACUGUUAGUCCUAUUUUGCGGCCUAGUCGACUUUUGGAGCCUGGCGGAGGGCAAAAGCAAUGCUACCUCGCCUAACCUUGUCCUGCUGCUUAUGGACGAUAUGGGCUGGGGUGACCUAGGUGUCUUUGGGCAGCCUUCCAAGGAAACUCCCCAUUUGGACCAGAUGGCCGCGGAAGGGAUGCUCUUCCCGAGUUUCUACACUGCCAACCCACUCUGUUCUCCAUCCAGAGCAGCACUUUUGACAGGUCGCCUCCCCAUCAGGAACGGCUUCUACACCACAAAUGCCCAUGCCAGGAAUGCCUAUACCCCCCAGGAUAUAACGGGGGGCAUCCCGGAUUCUGAGCUGCUCCUUCCCGAACUGCUGAAGAAAGCAGGCUACGCCAAUAAGAUAGUUGGCAAAUGGCACCUUGGGCACCAGCCCCAGUUCCAUCCCUUGAGGCACGGAUUCGAUGAAUGGUUCGGGUCCCCCAACUGCCACUUCGGGCCUUACGAUAACAAAGCUGCCCCAAACAUCCCCGUUUACAGGGACUGGGAGAUGAUUGGCAGAUAUUAUGAAGAUAUCAAAAUAAAUCACAAGACGGGGGAAUCGAACUUAACUCAGAUGUACUUACAGGAAGCCCUCGAUUUCAUGAGCUCCCAGCAAGCCAAGCAGCAGCCCUUCUUUCUCUACUGGGCCAUCGAUGCCACUCAUGCGCCUGUCUAUGCCUCCAGAGCAUUCCUGGGCUCCAGCCAACGAGGGAGGUAUGGCGACGCGGUGCGAGAAAUUGACGACAGUGUUGGGAAAAUCCUGAGCCACCUUCGAAAACUAGGCAUAAGCGAGGACACCUUUGUGUUCUUCACAUCCGACAAUGGUGCCGCUCUCGUGUCCGCUCCUGAACAAGCAGGCAGCAAUGGCCCCUUCCUCUGUGGCAAGCAGACGACCUUUGAAGGCGGCAUGAGAGAGCCCGCCAUUGCCUGGUGGCCAGGACACAUACCUGCCGGGCAGGUGAGCCAUCAGCUGGGGAGCGUGAUGGAUCUCUUUGCCACCAGCCUGGCUUUGGCAGGACUCCCGCCUCCCGGUGACAGGGAGAUCGACGGCAUCGACCUUUCGCCUGUUGUCCUGCAAGGCAAGCUAAUUGACAGGCCAAUAUUUUAUUACCGUGGCAACGAGAUGAUGGCAGUACGAGUUGGGCUUUAUAAGGCCCAUUACUGGACGUGGAGCAAUUCCUGGGAAGAAUUCGGCCAGGGCAUUGAUUUCUGCCCGGGACAGAACGUUUCCGGAGUCACUUCCCACGAUCAAGAAGAGCACUCCAAGCUUCCCUUGCUCUUCCACCUGGGAAAGGACCCUGGGGAGAGAUUUCCCAUCAGCUUUUCCAGUGCUGAAUACCAAGAUGUGAUGGGAAGGAUCUCUCCCGUCGUGGAGCAACACAAGGAGACAAUGCUCCCUGGGCAGCCUCAGCUCAAUGUCUGCGACAAGGCAGUCAUGAAUUGGGCUCCUCCGGGCUGCGAGAAAAUUGGGAAGUGCUUGGACCCUCCGCAGCCAGACCCCCAGAAGUGCUUUUGGCCCCAUUGAGCCGUCCUUGCCCUCCAAGCACCCAUUCUUUCUACUGCCUGCAGACUUGAGAUUUUGCAUCCACACUUCUGCUGCAUCUGAUGAUCGUAUUUCCUCUGGAAGAGAAGCCUUGUGCUUUCCCUCCUCUUUAUCUCAGGGUCCUAAAUUUGCAAAUUCAAGAAGGCGGGAUAAAUGGCACAGGAACUUCAGUUUUAGGUCAAAAAUAUCGGAGCUGGAGCUGGAUGUUUCUUACAUUUUGCUAGGAAAACGAAUCUUUGCAAAUUCAUGGAUAGUCUGGGUUGCAUCGAGCAUCAAAAGCAGGAAAUUCGGGAUAUUUCCAGGUCCGACUUUUUGCUUUCUUCCUCCAAAUCCUGGUAUUAAGUAGCUCCAACUGAUUAAAUUUAAAUAGAAGGAAACUUCAGAAGAGUGGGAAACUAUGACUCCGGAAACAAGUGUUUGCACCCUUGGAUGACUUUGGGCAAGUCACACUCUCUCAGCCUCAAACAGAAGGCGAUGGCCAACUGCUUCUGAAUAAAUAUUACCAAGAAACUCCACGAUAAGUUUACAUAUUGGGGAUGAUAGAAUGAGAAGACCAAGCUGAGUUUAUUCCUCUAGCUAUGCUGUUUGGGGGUUUCUGGGAAUUGUAGUCCAAUGAUACAAAUAAGCGCAUCCAUUGCCAUGACGCUCCUUUUACAAAUCUUUAUGGUUUCAACAGUACAUGUCUACGAAGUGCCAAAACUUAGUAUGAAGGAGCCAUCGCCUUUAAAAAAAUUAUCUAUAAAACGAUGGCAUAUUUUUCUAUCUUUGUUAAGAGAUCAUUAUUGUUGUUGGGUUUAUGAUUUCAACGUCAUCGCCAAUAGUAAUACUUGACUGGUCUGAAGAAUGGGGAGCAUGCUUGUUCCAUCAGUGUUUAACAUUUACACAAAUGAUCAGCCACUGCCAGAAGGGACAGAGAGUUUCAUCUAUGCUGACGAUCAUGCUUGUUCCAUCAGUGUUUAACAUUUACACAAAUGAUCAGCCACUGCCAGAAGGGACAGAGAGUUUCAUCUAUGCUGACGAUCGUGCCAUCACCACCCAAGCAGAGAACUUUGAAAUGGUUGAACAGAAGCUCUCAGAAGCUUUAGGUGCUCUUACUGCCUCUUACAGGGGAAACCAGCUGAAUCCUAAUCCAUCCCAAACAGACACAGAAUUUCAUCUAUGCUGAUGAUCGUGCCAUCACCGCCCAAGCAGAGAGUUUUGAAAUGGUUGAACAGAAGCUCUCAGAAGCUUUAGGUGCUUUUACUGGCUGUUACAGGGAAAACCAGCUGAAUCCUAAUCCAUCUCAAACAGACACAGUUUUAUCUAUGCUGACGAUCGUGCCAUCACCGCUCAAGCAGAGAACUUUGAAAUGGUUGAACAGAAGCUCUCAGAAGCUUUAGGUGCUCUUACUGCCUCUUACAGGGGAAACCAGCUGAAUCCUAAUCCAUCCCAAACAGACACAGAAUUUCAUCUAUGCUGAUGAUCGUGCCAUCACCGCCCAAGCAGAGAGUUUUGAAAUGGUUGAACAGAAGCUCUCAGAAGCUUUAGGUGCUUUUACUGGCUGCUACAGGGAAAACCAGCUGAAUCCUAAUCCAUCUCAAACAGACACAGUUUUAUCUAUGCUGACGAUCGUGCCAUCACCGCCCAAGCAGAGAACUUUGAAAUGGUUGAACAGAAGCUCUGCAAAUCUUUAGGUGCUCUUACUGCCUAUUACAGGGAAAUCCAGCUGAUUCCUAAUCCAUCUAAAAUGCAAACAUGUGCUUUUCACCUUAGGAACAGACAAAGAUCUCGAGCUCUGAGGAUGACUUGGGAAGGAAUCCCACUGGAGCAUUGCAGCACAUCAUCAUACCUGGGAGUCACUCUGGAUCGUGUUCUGACUUACAAGAAGCACUGCUUGAAUAUCAGGCAAAAAGUGGGUGCUAGAAAUAAUUUACAAAAGCUGACUGGCACAACCAGAUACAGUGAAGACAUCUGCCCUUGCGCUUGGUUAUUCUGCUGCUGAAUUCACAUACCCAGUGUGGAAUACAUCUCAUAAUGUCAAAACAGUGGAUGUGGCUCUUAAUGAGACAUGCCACAUUAUCACAAGAUGUCUAUGUCCUACACCGCUGGAGAAAUUACCGUAUAUACUUGAGUAUAAGCCGACCCGAAUAUAAGCCGAGGCACCUAAUUUUACCACAAAAAUAACUGGGAAAAGAUUGAGUCCAGUAUAAGUCGAGGGUGGUAAAUUUCAGAAAUAAAAACAGAUACCAAUAAAAUUACAUUAAUUGAGGCAUCAGUAGGUUAAAUAUUUUUGAAUAUUUACCUAAAGCUCAAAUUUAAGAUAAGACUGUCCAACUCUGAUCAAAUCCUUAUUGUCAUCUUCUUGAAUGUCAAUGUGCUUAUGUGUCCUUUUAAUAAUACAGUUGAGUCUCACUUAUCCAACACUCGCUUAUCCAACAUUCUGGAUUAUCCAAUGCAUUUUUGUAGUCAACGUUUUCAAUACAUCGUGAUAUUUCGGUGCUAAAUUCAUAAAUACAGUAAUUACUACAUAGCAUUACUGCGUAUUGAACUAUUUUUUCUGCCAAAUUUGUUGUCUAACAUGAUGUUUUGGUGCUUCAUUUGUAAAAUCAUAACCUAAUUUGAAGUUUAAUAGGCUUUUCCUUAAUGCCUCCUUAUUAUCCAACAUAUUCGCUUAUCCAACAUUCUGCCAGCCCGUUUAUGUUGGAUAAGUGAGACUCUACUGUAAUAGAGUAAAAUAAUACAUAUAUUAAUAAUAAUAAUAAAUACAGGAAAAUAAUACAAGUACAGUAGAGUCUCACUUAUCCAACAUAAACAGGCCGGCAGAACGUUGGAUAAGCAAAUAUGUUGGAUAAUAAGAAGAGAUUAAGGAAAAGCCUAUAAAACAUCAAAUUAGGUUAUGAUUUUACAAAUUAAGCACCCAAACAUCAUGUUAGACAACAAAUUUGACAGAAAAGCAGUUCAAUACGCAGUCAUGUUAUGUUGUAAUUACUGUAUUUAUGAAUUUAGCACCAAAAUAUCAUGAUAUAUUGAAAUCAUUGACUACAAAAAUGGCUUGGAUAAUCCUGAGGCUUGGAUAAGUGAGACUCUACUGUACUUUAUAACUGUAUCCUCAAUUCUCAUCUGACACCAUAGAUAAAUAAAUAAAGCGGUCUGCUUUUUUCUGAA